GCUGCCGCCCGGGCCGGGCCGGGCCGGGCCUCGCCGCCGCUGCAGCCGCCGGGGCCGCGGGGCCGGGACCGCCGGGGCCGCUCGGGCCGGGUUCCCGCGGCGCGGGGCGCGGAGCCCCCGGUGGCGGCGGGAGCGGCUCGCCCGCAGCAGCCCCAUGGCGGCGCAGGAGCCGCCGCGGCCGCCGCCGGCCGCCGCCGAGUCCCCGGAGCCGGAGCCCGGCGGGCGGUACGAGGCCGUGGUGCCGCACUGGUUCUACUGCAAGGUGACGGAGGCGCGGGAGCGCUGGGUGCCGUUCAGCGCGCAGGACUCGCGGCGGCUGGAGGAGGCGCACGGCGCAGGGAAGAACCAGGAUGGCGUGGUGGUGCCCACCUCGGGGGGCAGGUACGACGUGCACCUGCGGGCGCGGCAGCGCGUGGCCGUGUACUGGGACGAGGAGGUGGCCGAGGUGCGGCGCUGCACCUGGUUCUACAAGGGGGACAAGGACAAUAAGUUCAUUCCCUACUCGGAGUCCUUCAGCGAGGAACUGGAGGAAGCCUACAUGAUUGCCAUGACCCUGGGUGAGUGGAAGAAGAAGCUGGAGUCCCCCAACAGAGAAGUCAUUAUCCUGCACAACCCAAAGCUGAUGGUUCACUACCAUCCCGUUGCCAGCUCCGACGACUGGGUCUCCACCCCCACGGAACAAGGCCGGCCCCGGACUGUGAAGAGAGGAGUGGAGAACAUCGCUGUGGAGAUCCCCAACGGAGAGCCGCUGCAGAUCGACCACCUGGUGUUCGUGGUGCACGGCAUCGGCCCCGCCUGCGACAUCCGCUUCCGCAGCAUCGUGCAGUGCGUGAACGAUUUCAGGAACGUCUCCCUCAGCAUGCUGCAAGCACACUUCAGGAAGGCCCAGGAGCAGCAGCAGGUUGGGCGGGUGGAGUUCCUGCCCGUGAACUGGCACAGCUCCCUGCACUCCACUGGCGUGGACGUUGACCUGGAGCGGAUCACGCUGCCCAGCAUCAACCGCCUGCGUCACUUCAUCAACGACACCAUCCUGGACGUGUUCUUCUACAACAGCUCCACCUAUUGCCAGACCAUCGUGGACACGGUGGCCUCGGAGAUGAACCGCCUGCACCGGCUCUUCCUGCAGAGGAACCCGCACUUCAGGGGCGGGGUGUCCAUCGCGGGGCACAGCCUGGGGUCACUGAUUUUGUUUGAUCUCCUGACGAACCAGAAGGCUGAUCCCGAGGAGGACGAGCACUGUGCACAGGGGUCCAGGACAACCUCAAGCACGGGGGGUAUUGAGGAAGUAAAAGAAGUCCUGAGGAAGUUGGAGCUGUCCGAGUAUUGUGAUGUUUUUGAGAAGGAGAAAAUGGACACGCAAGCACUGUUGUUGUGCACAGAGGAAAACCUGAAAGAAAUGGGAAUUCCCUUAGGGCCCAGAAUGAAAAUACUCCAUUACAUCAGCUCCGAGACAGAGAUGAAGGGUCGCAACUCAGCAGCUCCUGGGCACAGUGGACGUGGGGCUGAGCCAGGGUCCCCAUCCCAGCACGGGGACAGCUCCGAGGAUGGCAGGAGCUGCCAGUACCGGGACGUUGGCUUGGGACAGGUCUCGGCAAACUACCCCCAGCUGAACUACAAGCCCACCAUCUUCUUUGCCUUCGGCUCUCCCAUCGGGAUGUUCCUCACGGUGCGAGGGGUGAAGCGCAUCGACCCCAACUACAGCCUGCCCACCUGCAAAGGCUUCUUCAACAUCUUCCACCCCUUUGACCCGGUGGCGUAUCGGAUCGAGCCCAUGAUCGUCCCGGAGCUGGAGUUCGAGCCCAUGCUGCUGCCCCACCACAAGGGCAGGAAGAGGAUGCACCUGGAGCUGAAGGAAGGGCUGACUCGCAUGAGCGUGGACCUGAAGAACAACCUGCUGGGCUCCCUGCGGGUGGCCUGGCAGUCCUUCACCCGCUCCCCCGUGCCAGCCCUGGAGGCAGGGAGCUCUGAGGCCGAGGCUGAGGCAGAGGCCGGCACUGAGAAGCAGCCAGACACAAAGGCAGAGGAGCCCCCAGCAGCAGUGAAGGAGGAGACCCCCCCCAUCAACGUGGGGAGGCUGAACGGGGGGAACCGCAUCGACUACGUGCUGCAGGAGAAGCCAAUAGAGAGCUUCAAUGAGUAUUUGUUUGCACUCCAGGGGCAUCUCUGCUACUGGGAGUCAGAGGACACUGUUCUGCUGGUUCUGAAGGAGAUCUACCAGACACAAGGCAUCACACUGGAUCAGCCUUUACCAGGGAGCCAGUGACCCACCUGUGCUGCUCUGGCUGUUCAAUCCCACAGAGUACUCACCAGGAAAGUCCAGAUCUCUUCUCUGCCUUCCUCUCUCCUGUGCUGCCGUGUCCUGCAUGCUGCUUCCCAAGUACUUGCCGCUGCCUGGAGAUAAGGAUGGAUUUUCCUCCAUUUUGGCUUGGGGUAGGGGGAAAAACUGUCAAGGAAAACCACUUCUGCUCAAACACACACACCACCUGUACAGUGACUCCCUGUGGCAAUGUGUUCUGCACCCUGUGAGUCCCCACAGCAGCUCCUCCAGCACUGCAGCAGAGCUGUCCGGGCUCGGAACACAGCGAGGCCCUGAGCCCGCUCCUGGCUCUGUAGGACACUCACAGCCUGGGACCUUGAGGAGAAAAAGCCUUAAACACAGCGUGGGAAGAGCUGCAGCAGCCCUGGAGCAAGGGAGAUUGCUGACUGCUAACACAGCCCCCCAGCAGCACUGCGGGCCCGGCAGGCGAAGCCCAGGGCACAGACUGCUGCUGGCACUGCAGCCAGGCAGGGCUGCCCCUAAAGCCCCUCAGAGGGGCAUGCUCGUGCUCCUCCCUGCUGUGGGGUGCUGCUCAGCACCCCAACCCUGCAGACCCAGGGCCUCGCCACGGCCCUGACCCAGCCAGUGCUCCCUGCACCUGCUCCGAGGAAAGCUUCCCCUCCAGCUGCAGCCAGCCCAGGAACAGCAGCUGCUGCUGGCAGUGCCAGGCAGGGCGAGGCCUCUGAGCCCUGCAGGGACACGGAGCAGUGCUGCUGUUCCAGGGGCUGGCAGGUGAGCACAGAGAUCUGUGCCCGCCACGCUCCCGUCCCGGUUUAGCUUUAAAUGUACAAAACGCAGCCAGCAAAGGUGGAGCCCAGAUCCAGCAGGGUCUGGCCACUGCAGGAAUGACACCAGCUCUGCAGGCAGCUCAGUCUGCACCUGCCUUGAAGCUCUUUUCUGAGGGGGCAGGGCUGGAGAGCCUCUGUGAUCCUUCCCUGGGCACCAAAGCCCCUGGGCUGGGGCUCCAGUGCUGUGUGAGGUGAUGCUGUGCAGCCUUUGGAGAGCCAAACCACUUUCCCUCCUGCUGACUUUUGCCCUGCAUGGGGUAAGGAACCUUUUCCCCCCACAGCCUGUUGGUUUGUUUUUCCUCCAUUGUCUGUUAUUUGCACUACUGGAAGGGUUUUGUUUGCAGCCUCCAUCCCUCCCAAGGAACAGAAUCUGUUCUUCACCUGACUGCAGGAACAGCCGAGCUGCUUGGUCAGCACCUGACCCACUGCUGGCUAAGGUCUCAUGGGAGUAGGAAAAGGGACAAGUCUUAACAUGGGACACUAAUGAUCAGCUUUUUAAGUUAUGCACUUUGUUAAAAAAAAAAGGAAGUUAAAUGCAUUUUAAAUGUUAUUUAAUGUCUUUUCCAGUAAAAGCCAAAAUAAAUAAGUAGAUGAC